AUGGUUGCCAAGUACAAAGUCUCACUGGUUGAUAAUCUGAAAUGGCUAUGCUAUCGCGUGUUACUUACAGCAGAGUCGUGGCGCAACUAUCGAGGACAUUCGUGAUAUCCUUACGUACAUUACACGGAGGGGACCGAAAGGGAUGUCUAAGGAUACGGCCUACCACAGCAGAUGAUUACGAUGGAGUUGUGUCCAUAAGAGAUGAUAUCAAUAGAGGAUUUGAUUACAUUCCGGGGACGUACCACGAGUUGCUGAAAUACAACACGGGAUACGGUGGUUUUAUCGAUAGCAAUUUGGUCGCUUUCUUAUUCGGUGCUGUAAUUGAUGAUGGACGUACCAUUGCCAUGCAGUCUGGAAGAGUGAAAAGGGGAUAUGAAGGUCAAGGAAUCACUUCAGAGAUGAAAGAGCAUUGCUUGAUGAAUCUGUCUAAAACGGCUACUAAAAGUGUGAUCGUAAUAUCGUCACAAAAUACCUACAACUGUCUUAUUGAGAAGAAUGUACAGCUUUUGUGUAAAAUGGAGCGUUUGGCGUUUUCGGCAUCAAGGCAGUCUCUGUAUGGUCAGUGUUCUACUAGGGGAGAAACGUCUUGUUUGAAGAGAGCGGAUUCAGAUUUCAUGAAGAAUCUCUUUCUUGAUCCGAAAACCACAUCGGUCAUGUUUCCUGGAAACAGAAUAGUUAUAAGAGGAACGCCGUAUGAUUUGGUGACGUCCAACAUUGAUCGUAUAAUGUGUUGUAGCGAUCAAAUUCUUGUGAGCAGGCGGAGGGAUACUGAUGGUGUCAAUUUCAUGUCUAUUACUUCUACAUGGCGAUGCAAUACUACUACCGUUCUGUACAUCAACCUGUUUGGUGAAAGGGCUGAUGAGAGCAUUAUCUCUCAGCAUGUCCAUAUGCAAAUAGCAAGAAUAUUGAGCUCUUGUGAAGAAAAUAUCGUGCUUUAUGUGACUUCGGUAAUGCAGCAUCACUUGGAGACGAUAAAACGUGUUUUGGAGAAACAUUCUUGGAUAUAUCUCGAAGGACUCACUCUGUUCGCCAUCGAAAAGUCUUUUCGCAAUUUAUAG